GACAGCCGACAAACUGUGGUAUUAGCAAACUUUGUCAUUAUAUAUUACCUUAUUCUAUUAAAAGUUUCAAUAUUUAGAAUUUUAAACAAGAUAGCUGAAUAAAUUAAUCGCGUAAACGAAAUUGAAAUUCUUUAUUGUUAUUUUGGGAGUAGGGGAUAAAAUCAUGUUUAAGAUGGAAGAUAUAUCUAUGUCACCUUCCAAUACCCAGGAUCUGGACCUUUUGACUUUUGAAGGAGAUGUUUUUCUGCCAGUGACUGAAAAUGACUUUAACAUUUCCUCAUAUCUGACUGGAGAUGCUAGUUCAGAAGUAACAUUAGAUGUAGCAACUAUAGUUGUUCCUGACAUGAAAUAUAGUCCACCCAAUCAGUUUAUUCCUAUAUCACCACGUGGUCCACCAGAGCGAAAAGAUGAGUCCGAAAAAUGCAACUUUGUUGUUGAAAUUGAUGGAUCUCGUACACAAAAGAAAAAGUUUUUGUAUUCAUACCUUUUGAAUCGGAUAUAUGUGGAGAUGGGGUCCAACUUCUCUGUGAACUUCAACUGGGAUGUGAGCAAGGUCCCCGAUAGAGAGAUGUACAUACGCGCCACGGUUGUUUUCGCGGACCCCGAUCAAGGAGAGAAGCGAGUAGAGCGAUGUUUUCAGCACGUACACGCCCAGUGGAAUGCAGAGACCACAGAUGCUGUGGUGGUCAACAAUGUGCUGAGAUCAGCCAGAGAGCUUGGAGAUCCGAAUGUUUAUUACUGCGGCAACCCUGAUGAGACUGAUUGCUGGUACUCUGUGUUGGUGCGACUCAACAGGCCAACGGGACAUGCUUAUAGUUUUGUCUGCAAGAAUAGUUGUGGCUCGGGCAUUAAUAGACGAGCUAUUGAUAUCAUCUUUACGCUUGAAGAUUCUCGUGGCAUCGUAUACGGGAGGCAGAGUGUAGGCGCAAGGGCUUGCUCGUGCCCUCGUCGGGACAUGAAAGGAAACGAGGAGGAGCUGAAAGCGGCCGGGGGUAAACGACGCAAGUUGCCGCCCAAAGAGAAUCCGAUCAAGAAAGUCAAGUUGGAACUCGUCACCAAUGAUGACAAUCAAGUGGUUACUUUACCGAAGAUUGAUAUAGUAGGGCCACGAGCAGCAAUAACGUCUCUCAAAGUUGCGAACAGUAUGAUGGAGCAACAGCGUGCGACGAAUCGAUCACACCAACAGUCUGUUGAGGAGUUGGACAGGUGUAUAACUGCCAUCAAGAAGAUUAUAGACAACUUGGAGAGUAAAUAUAAGUUGAACGUCUUGUGAAAUGCCUUAUGUGUCAUGCAAUAGAGCAAAUUGUUAUGUUUUAACGCGAAUUUAAUUGAAGGAAAUCGGUCAGUAAAUCGAAACACAAAGAGGCUUUAAUCCUGGGGAUGCCGUACGUUUGUACUGUUUGUUGCUGUUUUUCUGAUAACUCAAUUUCUAAAUCUUUGUAAUUUUCUAAAUGCCGCCAUGGAGCCUCUUCAACAUAAUUCGGCUGAAUCUUUUCUAACGCGGCAGUUCUGAAAUAACGCCGUGUGCAUAGGCCCUUAUUUGAAAUGCCUUAAAAAAUGUCUUUCAAAAUUAAGUAUUGUUAAAAUCGACGUUUUGGUUGAUAUUGCAUGUAAUCUAGAUAUUAGUUUUUUAAAUUAAGUUUUAAUUCUUUUUUUUAGUUUUUUAGUUUACACCAGUUAUUUUUCACUAUAGGCGUUAUAAGAUAUAAUUUUUAUUUACUUCAAGAGUGAUCCAAUAAAUUAUGGACCGUUGACAAUCUUGAUGUAUCCAACUAAAUACUAUACUUGCUUAAAACAAGCCUUGUAAAAAUGUGUAUGAAUGAUAAAUUUUUACAAUGCUUGUUGGUAAGAGAGUCUGUUUUACCGAUAGGGGAUUUAUAAUAAGAACUCUCGUUCCACAACUUUUACCUUGAAUAAAUACUUUCAGAGAAAUGACUAAACAAAGCAUUCUAAAAUACACGAUGACAAACAAAACAUAACCUUAAUUUACAUUGCUCAAACGGGCUGUGGAUUACAAACAGAAAAAAAAUUAGGGUCCUAGGGUUACUAAAACCAUAAAUCGCUUUUACCUUCAGAAGUACAGGAAAAACGAGUGAGUGGUUUAGAGCCAAGUCCCACCAAGCAAAUCUGACUAUUUUGUUUGAUUAUGCCGAUAGAUCCACUGUUUUGGAUUCGUCAGGCGUCUUGCGGCGGAACAAAGUUUCCUGGAUAAAAAUAUUUUAUUAUUUCUAUCCAGGAUUCGUCAUUAAUGGAUCUUUAUAUUUUUUUAAUCAUAUAAGUAUAAUGAAUAACAUGGUAAGAGCACUUGUGCACUACAUCCAGACCGAAUCCUCGCAGUUUGGUUCUGAAAUCCUAGUACUUUUUGUAUGAAUAUUGUGCACUUGAUCGGAGCUUGAAACAUUUCAUUUCUGAACAUAAAUAUUUCAAGGACCGUGAACAUUUAAAUAACAGUAAUUAAGUGUUAUUAUUUGUAUGAUUGCUUGUGAUCCGAGCCGUUUAAAAACAAUUAAUUUUUUUGGGAUCCAGAUCGGAUAUAUUACAAUA